AUGGCAAUCCGGGGAGGCACAAGCUGGCGGAACGCCCAGGUCUCCAAGAGAUUAUGGAGCACAUUCAGGACCAACUACCAUCUGGGCUUCACUGCCUUUGGAGGCCCGCCAGUGCAUUUCAAGAUUCUCCGCGAGAAAUUCGUGGUCAAGCUGGGAUGGAUCGAUGAACAAAUCCGUGUGCCAGGCCUUCUCUGGACCUGGCAGCACCAAGAUGCAUUACUGCAUCAACCUGAUCCACGAUGGGUUCCUGUCUGCCUUGCUGGGGUUUCUCAUCUGGAGGUACUGUGCUCAACCCGACAUGGCCACCAUUCGCGCGCGUGUGCUGAUGUGAUUGUCAGUUUGCCUGGCGCUCUCGGCAUGUACGGCCUUUCCGUCGGGAUUUCCAACAUUGGCGACUCUCUGCCUGGCCCGGUCUACGCCCUGCUCUCUGGUCUCAACGCGUCGACCGUGGGCAUUAUCGCUGUUGCAGCGGUGCAACUAUCAGAAAAGGCCAUUACUGAUCCCUUGACCCGCAUGAUUGUCCUCGUCGCAGGCGCAGCUGGGAUCCUCUACAACGCCUUGUGGUAUUUCCCCCUCCUGAUGUUUGUGGCAGGUGUCGUUACGGUUGUUCACGACUUUCGCUGGCUCCACCCCCUCGCCAAAGGUGUGCUGGAUCUGGUCAAAAAUCCGCGACAAAAGAGCCGCGCCCCAGAGAAUGAGUCCAUGGAAUUACCGGAAUCGCAACGGGACGAUAGAAGUGACGCUGUCUCGCGGGAGCACGAGGCGCCACCGAGCCGCAACGAUGCGGCCAGUACCCUCCCCAUUACCGAGAACCAACGCUCCGAAGCCGAGACAGAGCCCAGGGUGGUUCCGACAGAGCGUGUUCUGGACUUCUCCUGGGCCGUCGGUCUUGCAAUCAUUGUCUUCUUUCUCAUCACGUUCACGGUGGUCAUGGUCCUCCGCGGCGUGCUGCCCACGAAACCGCUUCUCUACAGCUUCUUCGCCAACAUGUACCUCGCCGGAACGAUCAUCUUUGGCGGAGGUCCCGUGGUUAUCCCUCUUUUGCGAGAGUACGUUGUCGCCGAAGGCUGGGUCAGCCCCCGCGAUUUCCUCAUUGGCCUCGCCAUCCAGCAGAGCUUUCCGGGCCCCAACUUCAACUUCGCCGUCUACCUCGGCGCACUGACGGCAAUCAACGGAGGAUACAACUCGGCCGCCGGCGCGGUGCUUGGUUACAUCGGCAUAUUUGCCCCAGGCCUUAUCACCGUACACGGAACGAUGGGCAUUUGGAGCGCCAUCCGUGGUCUGAGAUGGGUCAAGUCGCUGCUGAGAGGUGUCAAUGCCGGUGCCGUCGGGCUCAUAUACACAGCCGUCUACAGGUUGUGGCAGAUUGGCUACAUUGACCAAGACUUCCAGCAGGGAACGAGCUUGGCGCAGGAACCGUGGUGGGUGGUCGUCACGGCGUCGAGUUUUGUCUUUGGGUAUUCUUUCGGCGUGAAUCCGCCCGUUGUCAUCGUCAUGGGUGCCGUGUUCGGGCUAACCUGGUACGGCGUCGUCACGGCGUAG